AUGAUCAAGUGUGAGCACUGUAAUUGGACGGGUUCCAUUGCGGAUGGCCAGAGCCAUGAACAAAAGUGUCGUAAAGCCCGUUCUCGCCGUUCUCGCUAUGUCCGCAGCGACAGCGACAAGGAUCUUAUUGAUACCCUAAAAGCUGCUAAGGUGGCGCUGGAAAACGACAAGGCAGAGCUGGAAGACGAGCUGAAUGAAAUGGUGCAUCAGCUCAAUCUACGAGAGGCCAUUGUUGAGACACAGGAUUACCGAUGUCGUUCGCUGCAGGGCGAAAAUGGACGGUUGUCACAACAAGUAUCGGAAUUGGAAUUUCAGAAUUCCAAAUUGCAAAUGGAAACACAAAAACUGGAACAGAUUGGAAAGCUGAUGCAGAAUCAACGAGAAAGACCGCUCAUAAGGAACACGGGAGCAUACGACUACGAUCGAUUUACAGUGGUCAGACUCACCAAACUAAUCUGCCAGGAUUUGGAAAACAAACCUACAGAAAUCAACGCCAACAAAAUCUUUGAUUGUGUCAGGUGCAUCUAUCAAGAUUUUGAAAGGGGAUACAAUGACAGUCCUGACAAUCUUUACAUUGACGUCCGCAUGCUUUUGGCGGUGUGCAUGGCAAGCACCUGGUUCACUCCUCGGCAAGAAGAAAACUAUGAGAGAUGGAUGAGUGAAGAAGGGUGGUGCUGA